UCGUGGAAUGGCUUCCUGUUUCCUCUGUGCCGCUCUCCUCUGAAAGAUGGAAUAUUGUUUACUUUCUUCAACACCCGUUUUUAAAAAGUAUCACCUGGUGCGGGGCAACACACCGCCGGGAGCCGGAUAUAGAGUGUUCGAGAAGGGAACAGCAGUGCUGGCAGGGCGCUCACCAUGCUGCUAUCCCAGCUGCCAGAGGAUGUUCUCUAUCAUAUCUUGUCUUAUUUGGACUACAAAUCUCUCAGUCGCCUCUCUCAAGUUUGUAAAACUAUUUACCACUUCGUAAACCGGGACGCCGUGUGGAGGAAGAUUGCUAAAGAGUUUUUAAACACUGGAAUUACUCGGAAUGGGACGGACAUAUAUCGUCACAUCCCACUGAAGGAGAGAGUGAAGAUAGCUCAAAACUGGUAUGAUGGGGUCUGCAAAAGGGCUAUUCCUCUCAAAUGGAAAACUAAACUGUUGCCUUGGUUGCAGCUGGAUGGAGACAUACUCUUUCUGUCUCAGGCUGCUGAUAUUGGAGCGUACCAUCUGCACCAUGACUCCCGGAGGCUUCAGUCUAAACCAUUUGAAAUCUACUCGGGCCACAAGGGUGAUGUCUGUCGCUUUGUUGUGAUGGACUCUCACCUGAUCAGUGGUGGAAGUGAUGGCAAGAUCCUGGUCCACAGCAGGAGGAGUGACAUGUCGAUGGAGUUAUCAGGUCAUGAACAGGAAGUUAACUGCCUGGAUUCGAAAGAUGGACUCAUCAUCAGUGGAUCCAGAGACCGAACAACCCGGAUUUGGACUUUGACUUCCAGCUGCCCAAGAGACACCAUUCCCAUGUACGAUAGAGUAUGGUCUGUUGCUAUUAGUCCCACACUGAGCUCCUUUGUGACAGGCACUGCAUGCUGUGAGAACUUCUCCCCUCUUCGCAUCUGGGAUGUUGAGCGGUUGGAGUGUGUGUGCAGUCUGGGCUCACAGUUUCGACGUGGGGCUGGCGUGUUGGACAUGGUGUUUGAGUCUCCAUUCCAGCUCUUUACCUGCGGCUAUGAUACCUUCAUUCGACUGUGGGACCUCCGACUCAGCCCACGAAAGUGUGUAAUGGAGUGGGAGGAGCCUCAUGACAGCGCUCUGUACUGCAUCCAGACAGACGGAAAUCACAUGAUAGCCAGCGGCUCCUCGUAUUAUGGUGUCGUACGACUCUGGGACAAGCGGCAGACUGAAUGCCUGCAGUUCUUCCAGCUGAGCUCAGACCCAGUGAGCAGCCCAGUGUACUGCCUCAGGUUCAGCAGCUCGCACCUGUAUGCUGCCCUGGCCACUGCUCUGCACUCCCUGGACUUCAGCCAGAACCCCGUCUACAUCAGAUGAUACACACACACAAACUUCUCAUAUUUAUCUGUUCAAUAAAGCUGUCUAUUUUCACAAUAAAUGUUUUCACAUUUUCAAAGGAACUGCUUAU